GUGUGCCGUGCGGUCGGCCUUCUGUCUCGCGCCCGUUUCUCAACCCCCACCCUUACUUUUCCGAUAAACUUUCAUGAUUCUUUAUGACAACUUCCAGAUAACAAAUAUUUGUAUUUAAGAUUUAAAAUAAUGAAGUGAAGUGGGACUGUUUAGUACUAUUUCUGUGUUGUUAAAAGGAUGUCGAGAAGAAAACAAGCAAAACCGAGGUCUCUCAAACCUGACGAUGAGGAAUGGACUGAAGAUACCACAGCUAGAGAUAACGUUGACAAUGAAGAUGAUGACAACAAGGAUGAACAACAGAAUGAUGAAGAAAGCGAUGAUAACGAAAAAAUAGAAGACGCAGAAAAACUCAUUGAACAAUGUUAUGAAGAUGAUGAAGAUGAAAAUCAAAAUAAUUCCGCAGAGAAUUGUAAUCCCGACAACACCGCUGAUGUGGCUGACAUCAAGUCGGAGAGCAUGGAUAGCUUCGAGUCAGAGGCGCUGGGUAGCGUGGGCAGCACGGCGGGUAGCUCGUGGCCGUCGUCGACGCCGGAGCCGUCGCCAUCGCCCGCGUCGACGCCGACGUCGGCCGACGCCGUCGACGCCGACGCCGACCCGCCGUUCACGCUCGGCGUCACUGAGCACACGCCAUACCAGUGCCAGUUCUGCGAUAAGGCUUUCCCGAGAUCCUCCUAUCUGAAGAAACAUGAACAGACGCACUCUGAUCAAAUGCCUUUCCGCUGCGAGUUCUGCGCGCGUCUCUUCAAGCACAAGAGAUCUAGGGACCGGCACGUGAAGCUGCACACUGGCGACCGCAAGUACCGCUGUGUGCACUGUCCGGCCGCCUUCUCAAGAAGCGAUCAUUUGAAGAUCCAUAUGAAGACACAUGAUAAUCAAAAGCCGUUCCAAUGCACGGUGUGCAACCGCGGGUACAACACUGCAGCCGCUCUGACGUCGCACAUGCAGGGCCACAAGCGCGACCGCGAGGGCCGGGAGCCGGAGCGACGUCGAGCCCUGAGGUGCUUGCGGUGUGGUGACGCUUUCCGCAGGCCCGACCUUUUACAGGCUCAUAUGGCUAGUGCACAUGGAGUAGAAACAGCAGCAUUGACUCCACCUCGCCGUGUGGCAUCUCAACCACCUCCGACACUUCUCGCCUGCAUAUAUUGCACUCGCGACACGUUCACCACUAUGGAACAACUGCAACUACACGUUCGAGCUGCACAUUCUGCAUUGCUAAAUGGAGAAACACCACAAGCCGUUGAUCAACCAGCGCCUACUGACUUAAGCAGACGAGCAGUUGAAGAUACGCCUGUGGUCAAAAGGCCGCGGUCUGGUUCGGGAACACCGCAGACUGCAUUAUCGCCAAGUACACUGUUAUGCAAUCAGUGUGGUGCAGCAUUGCCAGAUUUUGAAGCCUUCCGAGCUCAUUUAAAAGGUCAUUUGGAAGAGGGCGGAGAACUGAAUCGUUCCAGUCCUACUCCUUGUCUUCAUUGUGGAGCGACGUUCGCCGAUGCCGCGGCUUCAGAACGUCAUCUCGCAUCUUACUACUUGGCAGUAUCCUGUGAAUACACUUGUCAUAGUUGCAAUCGCAGCUUCUCAUCGCCGGAUGAUUUGCAAAAACACCUCCUGGAUAUGCACACUCAUCACCUAUAUCGCUGCUCUCUAUGCAAGGAAAUAUUCGACUCGAAAGCAGCAAUUCAGGUCCACUACGCAGUAGCUCAUAGCAGUGAGAACAAAGUGUGGAUGUGUCGUUCGUGCGGUGCGGGGGGCGGCGCGCUGCGGUCGGAGGCGGCGGCGGCGGCGCACGUGCGGUCGCGGCACGCAGCGCCGCGCUGCGCGUGCGGCGCGGUGCUGGCCGGUAACGCUCGCCCGCCCAGAGCUUUCCGCUGCCCGGUGCCCGCUUGCAACGAUACCUUCGCUGUGCAGUAUCUACUGGAGAGGCAUAUGCAAGCACAUCACGCUCUCCCACAGGCUCUAAACGGCGACUUGGGCAGGGUUAAACGAGUGGAAAAUAACAAUACAUCUGAAGGAGCCGACGGGACUUGUUCUCCUUGUACUACUGGGGAGAACUUGAACGCUGGCAUAAAUGAAGAGCGAAGACGGAAGAAUGGUGUGGUCGCGUUACAGUGUGCGUACUGUGGGGAACGCACGCGCAGCCGAGCGGAACUGGAAGCCCACACUCGCGCGCAUUCGGGCGCGGCGGCUGCCAGGCACAAGUGUCUCAUUUGCGACGAAGUGCUGCCAUCUGCUGCUGUGCUGGCCGAACACAAGCUGACCCACUGCAAGGUGGUGGCGGGAGAUACAUGUGCACGGUGCCGCGCGCGUCUACCAUCCGAGGAAUCGUUCUUAGCUCACAUGGCACGACAUCACCCUGCUUUGCCAGCUCCUUGCGUCAUCUGCCGCCAAACCCUUGCCUCGGAGGCUGAAGCACGUCUCCAUGCGAGAUUCCAUCUCCGUCCUUCAGAAGACGAACAGAGAUGCGCAAUUUGCCUUCGAGCUCUGCCAGAUACAGAAUUGGGUGAUGGUGCACGCGCUUGCGCAGAUUGUUACGCUCGUCACGCCGGCCCUAGAGCUCCUCCUGUCGCUGAUAAUGAUUGUAGACUGUGUCGUCGAGCUCUCGGGUCUCCCACAAGAUUACAGGCUCAUCUCAUCGAGCACACUUUUGCUGGAAUCGAUACGUUCACUUGCUACUUGUGUCGCGCGGUAUUCACCAGCGCUGCGGGCCUGCAGAGACAUCUACCAGAACAUGCUGACGUUCCGAGACCAUUCGAUUGCGGACGCUGCGGAAUGAAGUUUUUCUUCCGUGCCGAAAGAGACAACCACGCUUUUGUUCAUCUAGAAGAAGCUGAGAUCGCUCAAAGGGCAUUUUACGAAGCGUACGCCAGAGGGGCUGCGACUGCGUGGGCAGCGCUUGCUCCACAUGAUGCUCAAACUACUACUUCUCCAGCAACAGUGGAUGUCAAACAAGAGCCAGAGGUGAAAGAAGAAAAGAAUACGGACGAGUAUAUUGAAGUAUCGUCCCCUCCGCCCCCGCCUCCCGCUGCGCCCUCGCCUCUGCCCACUGUAAAACAGGAGAAGCCCGAUGAAGACUGAGCGGGUUUCACUCAAACAUUGUCGUCCUAUGCGGAUCCCCGCUGCAAUACUAGAUUACGUCCCAGCUAAUAGUGUUAUGUUUAUGUAUAUCGUUAAAGUUUGCGUUUAGAACGCCGCAUCUUAGGUAAUUUAAACUUAUUAUUUAUGUUGAUUAGGAAUUGUAUGUUUUAUAAUGUUUACAUGGCUAUUUGUAUAAACUGUUAUCUUAAUAAAUUAUUACGUUAAGCUUCUUC